AUAGAUAUCAAUGAAUGUAAGGAAGGCCUGCAUGGCUGUCAUGUAAAUGCCAUUUGUAACAACACUGAGGGCUCAUACAACUGUACAUGCAAACCGGGAUUUAUUGGAGACGGAAGAAACACCUGCAAAGGUAAAGUUGUUAUUGUCAUCGUCAUUUUCAUUAUCAUUAUCAUCUCCAUUAGAAUCCUUUACGGCCCCCAUUCCCCUCGCCUUCGCCAAAGUUUUUUGUACGAGUCAGAGAUAGCUUAAAUAUGAUGUACGAGAAAAAGAUUUCAAUUUUUUUAAAAAUUGUUUAAAGUAACGUUUAGUACUCUUAUCCUUUUCAACCAUCUCAGCAUGAUCGGCAGCCAAACUUUUUACUCGUCAUUUCAUGUUGUUCUGGAUAGAGAAGAAAAAUAAUAAACGCAGCUAAAGAUAAGUCUUACUCUUUAUUUCAUUUACUCUUAUUUAGGAUGUGGGCCUGUUGGUGUGACGGACAUUGAUACAAUUCCAGAUGCCAGAAUGACAGCGAGCGAUUUUCUCGAUACUAGUUCAUUUCCAUACUACGGCAGACUGCGCGGAACCAGGGGAGACGGAGGGUGGUGUCCAGAGAGAAGAUUCGGUGAAAAAAAAUAUAUUCAAGUUGAUAUGGGCGAAGUGCGUUCUCUUUGCGGUGUGGCCACACAAGGACUACAAAGGUAUCCUGAAUGGACCACCAGCUACAAACUACAAUUAUCUACAAACAGUAUAACUUGGAACAUAUACAAGGAAACGAAUAUUGAAAAGGUAUGGAGAGAACUGAAAUUAACGUUUUCAGUGAUAAACAAAGAAUUUGAGGUCAAUGCAAAUGGUUAGCAAACAUAAAUACACUUAAAUGGUGAAUAUGGACACUUAUCUCCAUUGGCUACUGCAGCAUAGAACGUCGUCGAAGAUCUAAGCUUGUGUCAGUACAACGGGUUUGCGUAAAAAUUCUGAAAAGUAACAGAUGUGUCUUUUAUAGAAUGCUUCAAAAGAUUUAGGAAGAAGUACUUUAUCUAUUCUUGCUUGUAGUGCGUGAGGUCGAAGAAAUUUAUAAAUUUGUCGAGCAAUGUGCUGCUUAGACUUUUCCAUCCAGGAUGUAGUAAUUAAGACAUUUUUCAUGUUUUAGUUAAUGAUCCGUUGUUUUCCGGAUUUCGUGAGACAGGAAGUCUCCGUUCCGUCUCUCUUUCUGUCCUUAACCUUGUGUUUGUCAUGGGUUCAUUUGAUCUGAUUUGAUUUUUUUAUCUUGCUUUCGCAAAUUAUGAUGGUGACAUGAUAUGUACACGUUGCAAUUAAUAGCUUAAAAAUUAGCAACAUUUGUAUUCGGAAAAAGACUCAACAACAGCCGUCUUGCAGCUGAAUAAAUAGAAAAAGCCUGUAACCUUGACCAUCUACUUCUGGCUACCGAAGGAUAAAUAAUAAACAAUCCAUAAAACAAAUAGACAAAGGAAAAAAAAAGGCAAAAAUGAACUCCGUUUGGAAAGGCCGGGCUGCAUUGCAAUAAAAAACAAAGUUGCGUGAAAGACGUAAGCAGUUAAGACCUGUUAAAAUGCUCCCUGCACCUCCCCCUCCUCCCAGCACCUCCAUACUUAACUGUAUAUAGAAUUGGUGCCCUAUACCAAGUUGUUCAAUUGUUUGUUUUUGUUUUUGGUUUGCUUUAUUCCAGGUGUUCACAGGAAACUCAAACCAGACCAGUAUCGUGAAUCAUACACUUAGAAAUGACUUCAAAGCCAGAUACGUUCGGUUUUAUCCUGUAACAUAUGUUCGUCGACCAUGUUUGAGGGUUGAGAUAUUUGUGCUUAAGUAA